GUGACUUCCUGAUAGCCGAAGAUGGAGCGGCUUGAAGGCGAAUUGAACAGGAAGAAAACUGACUACUUCUCAGACAGUUCUCAUAGAAUGACAGAGCGUCCUGAACCAUUCUUUGUUCAGUCUGGCAAGGGCCGAAGCCACGAAGACUUGGGGUCCUCGUUCUCUCUAUCUCGAACAGUGCAAGGCAAGGCGACCGGCAGCAAAGCCAACUCUGCUACUAUCGUAACGAGUCUGGGACUCGACUCUCUUAGUGAUAGUGAUGACGAACUGUUAUUAUCUGAAGGCGCUCAACCAUUGGGCACGUCACCUACACAGAAACGCGUCGUCCGCGGCAAGUUGACGCCGUCGGUGCCUCAGAAAACCAAUCUCGCCUCAAACGGUCUUCCGUUUCACCCAGAUUUCCUCCCGAAGAAAAAGUUUCCUAAUUUCACGAAGAACAAGAAGGGGUCGCAGGCAGAAGAACCUAUUCCAGAGGAGCCUCCAUCAUCAUCUUUACCCGACGCAGACAACUCUCAAGAGCUAUUCAGACCAAUAUCUGAGGACCUAAUCUCUCAGAACCUACCUUCUCCACCUGCAGCCAAGCCGAAGAGAGGGAAGGAUGCAGACCUUGCGCGUCCAGGGCCAAGGAAGAACUCCCUGUUCAGGAAGGCAGCUACUUUAUCCUCAGUCUCAGACGACGAGCCACCCAAACGCGUUCUUAAGCAGGGACCCGUGAAGGCUGGGGGCUCAUUAGCUCGUGGUCGGAGUCCCGAAGCAACUCCACGUGCUAGCAGGCAACUUCAGCCAUUCCCUCUGGGUAGUUUUUCCUCGGUACAUAGUGGGAGCUCACGUGCUUCCGACGCGUCUCCUCCUCGCAAGAGCGCUCGAGACUCCUCGGCGGCAAAAAAGGAGAACGCAAAUAUACCUAUAUGCAAGUCAAAGGAGAAGACCAAUGCGCUGUCGCGUAAACCUACCGCUCCUUUCCCUAUGAGCCCUCCAGGGAAGUCAAAUCUGCCCACGAGCCACCCGCUCCCUGAACUGAAGGGACCUAAACCUUUCCCUUUACCCUUGCACACUUCCAAGUCAGGCAUUGCUCGUUCAGAGACACUUGGAAACUUCCCAGUGCCUUCUCCGCUGGCUUCCCCAGCGCAACCACUGUCACAGAAUAAGGGUAAAGGACGUGCGCUGACGCCUCAUCAGGAUGAGGAUGAUAUUAAUGAACUUGCCACGAACCAUCAUAAUACUGCACUGGCCAAUGGUACCCUUAGACCCUUCCCCAUGGGCUCGCGGGAAAUCAAGACUGCGCAUCGUCGCAGCCCUCAGUCGUCUUCGGAGAGCAUGAAGUCCAAGCGAGCUUCGGACGAUAGCGAUAGAGAACGCGGGCGGAAAGCCAAGAGGCAUAAGGAAGACAAUCCAAGAAAUGUGACAAGGUUGAUCAUGAGAGAAGAGGACCACUUGGAUGAGGACUCCUUUGAAAUAGACAGGGUGGUUGAUCCUUCUACGGUGUGCCCGUACUGUGACGAACCACUACCACGCAAUCCAACGCCACAACUGAAGAGUCUCUUGGCGACUGCGAAACGGAAGUCAUACGUAGACCCGCGUCCCAGGAAUCCUCGUGGACUCAAGGCUCCUCUGGGAAUUUAUAUCUCAGCGUGCCAGCGACAUCACUUCGAAACGCAUUCCUUGCCUGAGGCUAUGGAGAAAGGAUGGCCGCAAAGUAUCGACUUCAAGAAGGUACCCAAGAGGGUCGAAAAGAUGAAGGGCGCGCUUGAGGCUGUAAUCACUGAUGCUGAUAACUGCAGUGAUAACGAGGACUCCGUGGACGACGAUGCCAGGGGUCCCCGAGCACGAAGUGCCUUCUGGAGAGAAGUCAAGAAGGAAAUCAAGAAACGAGGCAGUCGAACUGUCACUGGUGUGAAGGGCCAGUUCGCCAGCUUCGAGAAGACUCAGCCUGGAUACUACGGUGAACUCGGCUUGUUGAUAAUACACCAAACGCUCUACAAUCUCUUCCCCUUUUCGUCAUUUGAUGCUUCUUCUAUAGCUCCUCUCACGCCCGCGGAGUUCAUUCAGCUCGUACUGGUUCCAGAAGCUGCAGUGGGGCUCAUCAUGCAAGACCUUCAUCUCGACAGGGACGAAGCAAUCGUGACACUCCGUGAAAGCUCGCAGUACGGCGUUGCCAUGUUCCCCGAUACCGGCUCUAGUAAGGGCACGGCAGUCGGCGCUGAUGAUGACGAUGAUGAGGGUGUCGCGGAUCGCAUUGUUAUGGAACGUGCCAAAGCCAGGAGGUUGGAGCUCGAGGAAGAGGAAAAGAUUGAGGAGCAGAUGUGGAAAGAGGAACAGGCAAAGCGUAGGUCCACAGCGCAGAUGGAGAGGAAAGAGAAAGCGCGCCAGCGGGCAGAGCAACUGCAGAAAUCGAAGGAGCUUGCAGGAUAUACCUCCCGCGAGGUUAGCGAAGCGAGUGAGUCGGAAGCCCGUCGCAGGCCGCCCAACCAUGCUUUGAAGACUGGCUCAGGAACAGCUACGGACUCUGAGACUGACAACAUGUCUGUGGAUAGUUUGACGAGCCGGCGAUCUACGCGCUCAAGGACGGCCACUAGGAUGAUGUACCGGACCUCUUCUGCCAAGUCUGUUUCUUCCAACAUGCAGAUUUCUGAUGACAGCGCUGUAGAAAUUGUGGAGGAACAUGAACAACCUCAACUCAGACGGUCAUCCAGGCAUGCAACUCCGAGUACUGACGGCAUGGGCCAACUCUCUGAUGCUGCAUCAUCUCGCACCCGGCGGUUCAAUGGCGACAACCGUGACACAGAUGUGGACGUCGACGAUGCACCUUUGAAAACUGUUCCCGAAAUUGACGAAGAAUCCACUCCGCGACCACAUAGGUCGAAAGCUGCAAUUGUACCACGCCCGCACCCCACUUUGGGAUCAUCUGGACCAUCAACUUCAAAUAAAUUUCCUCUUCAAAUUGCUAGAUCAAGAUCAGUUACAAGUACUACGUCGGACGGGUGGCGUAUUAACUUCAUACCUGGCGCUUCCGAAGCUGAGGAUUCGGAUGACUCGCAGGUAGACCAACCGUCCCGGGACGCUUUCCAUUGGCUUCUCAGCCAAUCGUCUUCCUCGUCAUCACAAUCGCCGUAAUAUUACACAGUCGCUGACUAUCCCUUGCAAGGUCACAUAACAUUAAUUUUCAUUGACAACCUCCUUUGGCAUUCACUCUCACUAAUGAUUGGACCAGUUGCACGCAAUUACUUACUACCAGACUUAGUUCACAAUCAUGAUUCCAGGCAUGAACACUUAUCGAAGCGCAGAUUCAUUUUCAUAGUACUAGUGACAUGCAUAAUACACAUUGCACAGCCACUUUCAGUCCU